AUGUUGCGCCAACUUACCGGGCUUUUUAGGGUUCAAAGUCAAGAAAGCUUGAUCAAACAAUACACGCAAGAUCUUGCACGAAUCACAUCUCAAAUCCACCAGCUGGAUAUGAGUUUAAAACAGAAGGAUGUAGGAAAAUCUAAAUGGCACAAACGUUGCUACAUACACGGCUCGGGUCUUUUGGCGCUCUUCAAUGCAGUGCUGUACGUUCAACUUGCCGACAAACAUUUCAUCAUAGCAUCGCUGGUGGUGUCACUAAUAGUGUUUUUGGCUCUCAAAUGGGGGAUUGACAAGUGGUACGAGUUUUUCACGCAGCGAACGCUGCGUAAAGUGGAACGGCUCAGAGCACAGCAUCAGGAAAAACUGGAAGCUCUAAAACAGAAAACCCACUUUUACUCUACAAAUUCGCUGAUCAAGAGAUUCUCGUCAGGCCAGCAUCAAGAAGAGGACGCUAUGACACUCAUGGACGAAGAAAUGAAGUCGAAAUAUGAAGAAUUGACCAAACUGAAGCGCGAGCUGGCAGAUUUCCAAAAACAGGGCAAUUCGCAAGAAUCACAGGUGCAGAGAGACAAAUGGUUCGACAAAGUGCUGGACAUAAUAUCUGGUGGGGACGUGAAACUGGAAUCGCAACUUAAACCGGUGAUUUGUGGGAAUUGCAAACGUCAUGCAGGCAGUUACACCGUCUCUGGGAUGCGCUUACAAUACGUAUGUCCGUUGUGCAAUUGGCGCUACGACAGCGACAAAAGUGACAGGAAAGACGUCGAAAAAGGCAUCGAAAGAGGCGUUGACAAAGUCGUCGAAGAGAAACCUUCUCUUAUCGACAGCGCAGCUGUUCCCUCGGACUCUAAAAACACAGUUGUGGAUAACGUGCAGUCGCAACCCAGAUUAAUGCCUAAAUAG